UGUCAACGAGGAACAAAUUGAGUUGUUUCGAUAGGAGAACAGGUUUUUAAAGUGUAAUUAUUCCAGCCAGUUUUCGAGGACUCUAUGCAACAUUGAACGAUUGCAAACUGCCAACCGAGUCUACAGAUCAUGCUGAUGACCAGUAAUGCUGUGUCAGUGUGUGUCGGUGUUAGAAAUAUAUACUCGUAUGCGAGAAAACGAGAUAACGAGAACGACUGCUGCGGUUCGCGAAAUAGAGUAAAUUUUUUGGUGAAUUUGAUCGAUAGAUGACCAUAAUUAACGUAGCAUGUUCGGGUCACAGAACCAUGUUAGCUACCAUUUUCGCGGCUGCUGUUGUGACGUACCAGUGCCCGGUCGAGGGUCUGUUGUGGCCGAAUUCCGAAGAUGUCAUGGUGGAGACGAAGAUGUCUACGCCUCAGCUGAUAGACAGCAAUAAUUAUCCAGUUGAAGUUCACAAUGUCACCACCGAAGAUGGAUACAUUCUCACAUUACACCGAAUACCAUUUGGACGUGGCCUAUCUUACGACGAACGAAGACCAAUUAUAUUUCUGAAUCAUUGUAUUUUAUGCAGUUCAGCUGUUUUCAUUUUGACUGGACCAGAAAAAGCAUUAGGUUACAUUUUAGCGGACUACGGCUACGAUGUUUGGAUGGGUAAUGCACGAGGUUCGGUGUAUUCUAAAAAACACGUCAAACUGUCUUCGGAGAAUUCCAAGUAUUGGCAAUUCAGUUGGCACGAGAUGGGCGUCUACGAUCUUCCAGCAUCCAUCGAUUACAUUCUCGCAGCAACCAAACAAAAAGAUUUAAUUUACGUGGGACAUUCCAUGGGCACGACGAUGUUCUACGUUAUGGCUUCUGUAAGACCUCAGUAUAACUCGAAAAUACGUCUGAUGAUCAGUUUAUCACCUGUUGCUUACAUGGGACAUAUUAAAAGCUCUGUAUUUCGAGUUCUCUAUGGACCUUUGGGUAGAAUUAUGAAUACCGCCGGUCUAUACGAAUUUAUUCCUAAUGGAAGAUUAAUUACCGAUUAUGGAAGCCAGCUGUGUUACGAUAAAGCCAUAACUCAGUAUAUUUGUAAGAAUAUCCUCUUCCUUAUCGCUGGUUAUGAUUCCCAGCAAUUAAAUAAAACGACAUUACCAAUCAUAUUUAGUCACAUUCCGGCAGGAACUUCAACCAAUAGUUUAGUUCAUUACGGGCAAAGUGUUGAAACAGGCGAUUUUCGUUGGUUCGACUGGGGUUCACUGCAUAAUCUCAAACUAUACAGAAACAAGAUACCCCCUGCGUACAAUUUAAGGAAGAUCAGCGCUCCAGUGGCUUUAUUUUGGGCUCAGAAUGAUUGGCUUUCUCAGAAAGAGGAUGUAGUCAAACUGAUUGAUAAGUUACCGAAUGUUGUGGAUAAGUAUAAAGUACCUUUGUCAUCUUUCAAUCAUAUGGAUUUUUUGUUCGCCAUCGAUGCCAAGGAUUUAGUGUAUAAAAGAGUAAUCAAACUUUUGAAUAAAUUCUCUGCUUUGAAUAGCACUCUCCUAGUUUAAUUCGAUGAAUCAAUCUCAUUAAUUUUUAAUCUAGCGAUAGCGAAAUAAUGCACCUAUGUUACCUGGAUGUUCGUACCUUUAAGAUUAUGAUUUAAAUAUGUUUUUUGUUUGACUGUUUUUACGUGUUAAUUUUAUAAUUAUAUUAUACCUUCGUGCUCGCAAAAUUUCAUGUUAUUGUUCGGUUUGUGACAAAAGUACUCUCACGAUGCCUAUUUUUUUUCUCAAUUCUGAAAAUGUUGACGUUCAGUCUUCUUGUAUGUGUAUUUAAUUUCUAUUUCUCGAAUGUGCUGAAAAAGUUGAUUUGUUAUUGGAUAAGUAGUAAGUACCUAUCUACUUCAGAAUGUAAAUGCAUGAGUGAAGAUAACAUGCAAGUGAAUGUA